AUGGAUAAACUGUAUCUUGCUAAUUUCUCUUUCGACCUGGAGCAGUGUGUGAAUAAUGCAUCGUUUGACUACGUGGGCGCUGAGAUUAUUUUCCAGAGGCGGAAUCAAUACGACGUUUCUUUCGAUCGGUUAUUUGAAGAAUAUGAAACAGGUUUUGGAGAUUUCUGUGGCACGGGAGAUUUGUGGCUGGGAUUGAAAAAGUUACACGAAUUGACCAAAGAGGGAAAAUGGCAUCUUCGAUUGUCGAUGCGCACCGUCUCGAACUAUUUAUUGCUCUGGUGCGAGUAUGCAGGUUUCAAGAUCCACCAAGAUCCCUUGUAUACCCUAAAAUUCGGCACAAUGGUAGCAAAGAGUGAUAACUUGAAAAACACCACUGGUACUUCAAUUGGCCUUGAUCAGCACAAUGGAUUGGCUUUCUCAGCUCCUGACAGAGACGAGGAUCUCUGGGAUCAAAAUUGUGCUGCCGAAAAACAAGCUGGUUGGUACAUGGUUGACAUCAUGAGAAGGUACUUGAACUAA